AUGGUCUGCGAAGACACCGAUUGACACAUUCGCCGGACAAACAGUACAAAUGUCCGAUCGAUGGGUGCGACUAUCGGUGCAAUUGGCCUUAUAUGCUAGCAUUGCAUAGUAAACGACGGCACACCGGUGUCCGGGCACAGGACAACCGCACAGUUGGCCAGCAAUUGGGCGGUCGUGUGUAUAAAUGCAAUUUCAUUGGUUGCGAAAAAGCAUUCAAAAGAUCAGAUGCUCUGUUGCGACACCGAUUGAUACACUCGGGCGACAAACCAUUCAUAUGCCCGUUCGAUGGCUGCGACUACCGGUGCGUUGAACGCCAACGGCUGAGCGCUCACACUAACCGACAUCUGGAUCUCCGGCCGUAUGUAUGCGCUGUCGCCGAGUGUCGCAAAGCCUUUCGCUGGAAAAGUAACUUAAAAGAACACCAAUCGGUUCACUCGGACGCCCGGCCCCACCCGUGCCCUCACCCGCGCUGUACUCACCGGUUCAAAACUUAUUCAAGUCUUAGCAAACAUCGGAUUACAUUCAAAUGCGAACCGAUCUUCGAGUGGGAGAUAACUGACCAUCACUUCAACCAAAUCGUCGCCAAACCUCUCAAA